AGCCCAGCACCACUCAGCCAAGAAAUAUGACCACUUCCUCAUGCCAUUCUUUGCAGAACUAUUUGCUCUCUAAAUAAGACGUAGUAGGCCAUUCGUUUGUAGUUCUGUUUGGAGACAAAUCCAGAAAGGUGGCCAGGUCAGUUCUAUAAGGCAAGAUGGCUGGCCGGAUGGGCUUUCAUCUGGCUGUGACCUGCUUUGCUGUCAUGUCUAUGGAGAGAGAAAUCUUUGGAGAAGAGACAGACGCCAACUGCUGUGAACAGCUGAAGGGCUUAUCGCAGUGUGGAAUGAACAAGGUCUUUUUCCAAGGUCAGCCAGGCACCCCAGGAAUACCCGGCAUCCCAGGAACAAAUGGGUUGCCCGGAAUGAAGGGAGACCCAGGACUUCAGGGCCCCCCAGGUGAGGGAGGCUCUGCUGGGGUACCUGGGAAAGCUGGACCCAAGGGAGAGAAAGGAGAGCAAGGAGAGGCAUGCACUCUUGCUAGGUGUCAGCAUCAAGAGGCAGGAGCCAAAGACUGCAAAGAGCUUUUGGAGCAUGGAGAGACACUGAGUGGUUGGUAUACAAUCUAUCCUGCCAUUGGGAAAGCAAUGAGCGUCUUCUGUGACAUGGAGACUGAUGGAGGAGGCUGGCUGGUUUUCCAAAGGAGACAGGAUGGAUCAGUGGAUUUCUACCGUGACUGGCAGUCCUACAAAAAUGGGUUUGGAAACCAAGCAUCAGAAUUUUGGUUGGGCAACGAUAAAAUCCAUCUUCUCACAAACUCAGGAACACAGCAGCUGCGGAUUGAUGCGAAGGACUUCAGUAACACCAGAACUUAUGCAACAUACAGUGGUUUCAAAAUCUCAAGCGAAGAAGAAAAGUAUACACUUUCAGUGGCCUCUUAUAUAGAUGGCAAUAUGGGUGAUUCACUUUCAGGACACAGGGGCCUUGCAUUCUCCACACGAGACAGGGACAAUGAUAUCCUUCAAACGGACAACUGUGCUGUGUUGUAUAAGGGAAGCUGGUGGUAUGGUGAAUGCCACUCUUCCAACCUGAAUGGUCUGUACCUCAAAGGGGAACACACCACUUUUGCUGAUGGCAUCAACUGGGCCGCUGGAAAGGGAUACCACUAUUCUUACCAAUAUGUGGACAUGAAAAUUCGACCCCAGUAAAUGAAAUAUCUCUCUCUUCAGACUAUUCUAAAGGCAUGGUCCUUAAAUUUACUGGUAGAAUUUGUUUUUAAGUGUGCAGGGCUAAUCCAAACUACCAAAUUAAUGUGGGUCUUAAAGAAUAAACCAGUUUUGAAAGACUGGAAAUGAUUUAUGGAUUUUGAGUAAUUAUAAAUUAACAUCAUGAUCUGUAGUCAUGGUUUUAAGAAAUGUUUAUAGAGUUAUUUAGCUAGAUCUGUAAUGGUGGAAUAAUAAUUGCUCCCCCCCCCCCUUUACUUUUACAUUCAUUACAGUCAGGUUGGGGGUGGGAUGUCAGAGCCUUACUAUGUCAUAGUUAUAGAUCUCUCUCUCUCUCUCUCUUUUCUUUCUGUCUCUUUAAUUUUUGAAUGUAUAUUACUUUGAUUGUAAAUUGUUUGUAUCAAGAAUAAAAAUCAUUUAAAAAUGUAAA